AUGCCAUUUGACAACGACCGAGCAACUGCGGUCCUGGCCUCGGUGUCGAGCGCCGGCCUCGCCGCCACCGCCACCGGGCCCAUUCCAGCCGGCUUCAGACCCACUACAGACCUCCUCGUCUCUUUUGGAGCCAAGCAGGUUGACCUGGGGAACUCGUUCGUGAAGAGCGAGUGCACCGAAGCGCCACGGAUUCACUUUGAAGCCGAGGAUGCGGCGCCCACCUCGGCGGCCUCGACGGCGACGUAUACGCUCUUUCUCGUCGAUCCCGACGCCCCAUACCCCAAAGAUCCAAAGUUUGCAAACUGGAGGCACUGGGUCGUGGCGGGCUUGAGGCCGGCGGCUCCGGGUUCGCAGGGGAACGGAGACAUCGCCUCUGCCGGCACGACCUUGACGCAGUACCUGGCGCCAGGGCCCAAGGAUGACUCGGAGCCGCAUCGAUACGUGUUCCAGCUUUUCCGCGAGCCUCAAGGGGGCCUGGGACACCUGACCAAAGCCGACAUUGGUGGCGAGGAGUUCGUCGAACGUCGCUCCUUUGACAGUGUUGGAUGGGCUGCCGCCCGUAGUCUAGAGCUGGUCGCCGUGAACUGGAUGUCGUGCGCCUCUGACGCAUGGGUGCGGUCGGAUGAAGCAUGA